GGGGGGUCAUCAAGACUGCUUGAUGAGUGUUGUUCGCUCCUUGAAGGACAUUUGCAUUGAGGAUUAAAGCAGUGAGUCUGUUGAUUUGGAAAUGGACCGUUUGAGCUCCUUUAGCAAUGAUCCCUCCGAUAAGCCACCCUGCAGAGGCUGCUCCUCCUACCUCAUGGAGCCAUACAUCAAAUGUGCUGAAUGUGGGCCACCUCCUUUUUUCCUCUGCUUGCAGUGUUUCACUCGAGGAUUUGAGUACAAGAAACAUCAAAGUGAUCACACUUAUGAAAUAAUGACCUCAGAUUUUCCUGUUCUUGACCCCUGUUGGACAGCUCAAGAAGAAAUGGCUCUUUUAGAAGCUGUGAUGGACUGUGGCUUUGGAAAUUGGCAAGAUGUAGCCAAUCAGAUGUGUACCAAGACCAAGGAGGAGUGUGAGAAACAUUAUAUGAAGCAUUUCAUCAAUAAUCCUCUGUUUGCAUCCACCCUGCUCAACUUGAAGCAAGCAGAGGAGGCCAAAACUGCUGACACCGCCAUCCCGUUCCAUGCUACAGAUGACCCUCCCCGACCUACCUUUGAUUCUUUGCUUUCUCGGGACAUGGCAGGAUACAUGCCAGCUCGAGCAGAUUUCGUUGAGGAAUUUGACAAUUAUGCAGAAUGGGACUUGAGAGACAUCGAUUUUGUUGAAGAUGACUCAGACAUAUUACAUGCUCUGAAGAUGGCUGUAGUUGAUAUCUAUCAUUCCAGGUUAAAGGAGAGACAGAGGCGGAAAAAAAUUAUUCGUGAUCAUGGAUUAAUCAACCUUAGGAAGUUUCAGUUAAUGGAGCGGCGGUAUCCCAAAGAGGUUCAAGAACUUUAUGAAACUAUGAGGCGAUUUGCAAGGAUUGUGGGUCCAGUGGAACAUGACAAGUUCAUCGAAAGCCAUGCAUUGGAAUUUGAACUUCGAAGGGAAAUCAAGAGGCUGCAGGAAUACCGGACUGCAGGCAUUACCAGUUUCUGUAGUGCCAGGACCUAUGAUCACCUGAAGAAGACACGGGAGGAGGAGCGUCUGAAGCGUACCAUGCUCUCCGAGGUCCUCCAGUACAUCCAGGACAGCAGUGCAUGCCAGCAGUGGCUGCGCCGGCAGGCUGACAUUGAUUCUGGUCUGAGCCCUUCCCUUCCGAUGGCCUCAAAUUCAGGUAGAAGAAGUGCACCACCUCUGAACCUCACUGGCCUUCCCGGCACAGAGAAGCUGAAUGAAAAAGAAAAGGAGCUCUGUCAGAUCGUGAGGUUGGUCCCAGGAGCCUAUUUAGAAUAUAAAUCUGCUCUGUUGAAUGAAUGCAACAAGCAAGGAGGCCUGAGACUGGCCCAGGCGAGAGCGCUCAUCAAGAUAGACGUGAACAAGACCCGGAAAAUCUAUGAUUUCCUCAUCCGAGAAGGCUACAUCACUAAAGCCUGAGGCCCAAAAAACUUGGGAUCAGAAAUCCAAGUUUGAAAUGUGGUGGGCCAAAGGGCACUCACUGCAGGGCAUUCGCGAGAGCUUUUUGAACUGAGUUCUCAUUCUGAAAAGAGAGAAGAACAGAGGAGCCUCCGGUGGUAUUGAUGUCUGCCUUCUGCUCCAGCUCGCUUUCAAAUGCUCCCGUUGUUGGGAUUGUGCUGCAGAGUUCUGUGCUAGAUAAGUUAUUAUUAAACGUGAGUGGGCAUUCAUUCCUAACACCUCUUGUAACUAAAGCAAGAGCCAUAGUACCUUACAUCACAGUGUUGGUAGAAAUAGAACUAAACCACAGUAUUUAGUCCCAGGAAUCCAGCUCAGAUCCUUGUCCUUGGAAGGUUGGUUUUCUGCCUUCCUUGCCUUCAGACAUUACAGAUAGAUUUAAAGUACAGGGGGGGAAA